AUGUUGCACUCUCGAACAGGCCCACGUCCAGGUGCUGUUCUGCAGUGCGCUGCAGUCCGUUGCGUCGCCGACAAGGUCUUCUUCGACCUGCGGACAGCUGACGGCGCUGUGGUGAUUACCGGAAGGUUCAUUGCUGGGCGUAUGCCGUCCGAGGGCGACCUUUUACGCUGCGUGCGCCGCUCGGGGGCGUUCUUCGUUGUCGAGCUUGCGCCCAAUGCCGGUCGCCUGGCGCGAUGGCAGCAGACGCCCCCCGCUUCGAAACUUGAUCGAGUUCUUGCUCUUUGCGCUUCGCUGGGGUACCUCGAUGACUAG